UGACAGCAGGAGACGCCCACAUUUCCGACUGUCGUUGAAUGCCGCACAUGCCCGAGCAUCACUCACGCAGAACCGCACUGACGUAGACCUGCAUGCAUGCAAUAGGCGCAUGUGCUGCUCAGACUCGCUGCAAGAAGAUUUGUGAACCUGAAUCUGGGAUCUCACACUUAGAAGCUGUCGAAAGAGAGGACCUAUCAUGACUGCAAGGACCCAGGGAGCAACGGGCAAGGGCAAGCCGGUGCCGAAGAGCACAGCGACAGAGAUGAUGGUGAGGGUCAGGAGAGCUCUGUGGCUGGUACUGGGCAUGCUCAGUCUGUCCCUGCUGCUGGUUGUGCUGGGCCUCUACACAACAACUCGAACAGAGAGCCUGAAUGUGUCUGGCUACACUUCUGGAGUGAUUCUGACCCUUGGAUCGUUCCUAGGACUUCUGGGACUCUGCCUGGAAGAAAACCGCAGGCAGCUGCUGACGGCUGCGAUUGUCUUCCUCAGCUUUGGGAUCAUCACCUCUUUUCUGUGCCUGGUGAUUGAUGGCGCCUUUAUUGUCUUAAACAUGGACAUGCGUCCACUGAAAGCAGGGAGAUGCCAGUACUACAGCAGUGGCAGUGGCUACAUCUAUGAGAAUUUCUACACCUCUGUGUUGUGCUGGAGUCCAGUGGAGUCUUGUAACAUGACAGUGCGAAGUGGGACCUGCUAUUGCUGUGACCUGUACAACUGCGCCAAUGGAGGCUACCUCAGCAACUACUACGAGUUUGUUGGAGUACAAAGCUGUGAGGAAGUUUUCACCCUGUAUGUUUUGAUUUGGACGCUCAGCAGCCUGAACCUGGUAGCCUUCUUCACAGGCAUUUUUAGCACAGCUGUACUGGGCAACAUCAAGAAGUCGAGGAGUGGCAGCCCUGCAACCGAGUCCACAGCAUCUUCCCCUACAGCUCCUCUGCUAAUGGACGCCAACACACACACAGUUCACCACCUCCACCCAACAGCCUCGGUGUAUUUCCCUCCAGCAGAAGGACCAGCUGCCCCACAGAGUUUUCCCUCACCGUUGGGUCCUCACACAAGUCCAACCAGGCUGCUGCCUUAGAGCCCACAGGCUCUCUGACUGAGCACCGCCAGAAACAUCCAGCAACAUCAAAAAAUUACUAAAGAAAUGCAGAAAAAACCCCAAGGGACAAACAGAUGCAACAUUGUCAUAAUAAUAAUGAUAAUAAUUCUCAUUGUUAUUAUUGUUGAUGUUGUGAGGAAGUGAGGAAGUACAGCGGGUACUUAUCUAAAAAUCCCCUAAUGGACGUGGGAAGUUUCAUGCAAAGCUUCCUGCAACUUUCAAUUAUAUACAAAUAUUUUGAAAUAUUUUGCUAUAUUCAGAAACGUAAAUGUGUUAAGUUGUAAAAUGUUUGUUAAUAGAUAAACUGCAAGUUCUCAUUCAAUAUUAUCGAGGAAGUCUGAAACGUCCACAAGUUCUCCAUCUUAUCUUAGCCUCCAGACAUUCAGAUCCUCCUGACUUAAAGUAUGCUGUGUGUGCUUGGCUCUGAAAAGGCCUCUCAGGGUAAUUAACCAUGUCAAUGCUCAAAUUCAGCAUUCCUCCAUAUCAAUAAAUUUCUACCACUGUGGCAUUUUUACACAGCUAAUCUUAGUCUGACGAGCUGGUUUUUGUGAAAAAUAUUAGGUCUGUGUGUAAUUUUACUGGCAUAUUUAUGUGGUAUCACCUAUGCACGUGUGUGUGUGUGUGUGUGUGUGUGUGUUUGGUUUAUGUCAUGUAAGGCCCCUCA